UCCGAGUUUUAACCGGAUUUCAAUCUUGUAAGACAUCCAUGGAUCCAAGGGUGGCCGUCGUCCGAUAGGCACGAGGCCUUAAUCAGGUAGGAGGUGGACAAUGUUGUUAGAGAAGCGUUGUUGGCGCUUCUAGAUAGAAUCUAGAAUCUAGAUGCUAUCCAUAUCCAUAUAGUGGGGACAGAUCCUGGCCCCAGUUAUACCCGCACCAAGCCGCCGUCCGCGGCUCCACCAAAGACAUCUUCAAAGUUAUUGUAAAUAGCUCCUUCCAAGUUGCUUUUACUUUUCAUAUCAAUUAAUCUGCGUCCAUGCAAUUACUUUCUCAGAGACCAAAGACCGCACACAUUACCGGUACUUUCAGCCUUGCGCAGACCCAACCCACCCAUACAAUAGCCCAAUGUCGUCCCAACCAAAAAUAACCUCCAAGAACCUCUCCUACUCAACCGACCUCCCGCCCUUCCUAGCCAAGCUCCGCGGCCAGCAGGAACGGGAUCGGAACUCCGACUCUCCGGACCCCAUCCUCGCCGCGCGACGACGGGCAGCGCGCCCACGAUCCGCCAGCGAAGAAGCCGAGGACGCGCCUCUCGUCGUCGAUGAGGCGGGGAACACCAUCACCUUCCCGUCUGCUGCGGACGCGGACGAUCAUAAGACAAUAGACGGGGUUAUAGACGGCGGGGAUGCGGAGAAUACCAAAGAAAACAGGAAGGAGAAGGAGAGGGAGAAGGUAGCUGCCAUCGGCGCAAGCAAGAAGCGCAAAGUCGGGCGUGUGGUCGGUGGCGAUGAGGAAGAGGAGCCUAACGGCACUACAACCACAACCACAACCCGAUCCCGAAUUGAGAAAGAGAGCUCGUCAAAGUCGAAGGAUAAGAAAGAGAGCAAGAAUACCGCCGACUCUAACUCAAAAGACGCGAAGUCCGGCUCGAAGCAGGGCAAGAAGAAAGCGAAGAAGAUUAAGCUUAGCUUUGGCGACGACGGUGAUUGAACGGGCCGGAGAAUGCUAAGGAUCGAAUUCACUCGACUGUUACGGGGAACAUGGGUAUUCGCCAACAAGACGAGGCGAUACCCAGAUGGAUGACUGCCUAUAGUGGCUGGCAGACUCUGCGCGUCUCGGAUCAUGGUCCCAUUAUCCAUUUCCCAC